AUGGCAAAGGUGAUCUGGCGCCAGGACGUGGCCUUGGCCAGGAGGCCGCGAGACCAGUUCGAGGUAGCCACCAACCAUUUGCACGUCACGGAGUCUGCGGUCGCGUUGCUGGAGCCAGAGGUCUUUGCAGCCUGGACGAACGACGUGCACUCUUCGAUCCUCGGCGCGGACCGCGAGGAGCUCCUGGCUACUGCUGCGCGCGGGCAUCGCGCGUCGGCCGCCCGUGGCCGGGCGCGCGCCCUGGAGCGGAAGAUGAAGAUGUGGUCGCCUUUCGCCUCUUGCGUCACGCUGGCGGCGGUGAAGGUGGGCGACGAGGCGGUGACGGAGCCUCGAGCACGGGCUGCUGCCUUGUCCAGCUACUGGGCCCCCGUCUUCUCGCGCAAGGCCUGGGCCCCUCCGGCAGCGCAGAGGUGCGUCGAUAGGAUGAUCAAGCCGUUCGACUUCUCGACCGUGCCGCCACCAUCGCACGAGCUCAUGGUGAAGGUGGCGCGUCAGGCGACGCACUCGGCGCCAGGCAUCGACGGGCCCCCCUGCAGUGCGCGGGCGGAGUCGCCGCAUUGUCUUGAGGUGCUGCGGGCCGCGUGUUGCUGGCUCCUCUCGGGCCAGGGCCUCUUCGACGCCGAGUCCAUCACGCUACUCGCCUUCUUGCCGAAGGGCGAGGACGAGUCCGAUGGUGUCGACGGGCGCUGUGCCAGGCCCCCCGACCAAGUUCGCGUGCUGGGCUUGCGCAAUUGGUCGAGCAAGAUCCUCACGGCCACGGUGAACGUGGCGCUGCAGGAGCCGCUGGCGAAGAUCAUCCCACUCUCCCAGAGAGGCUUCGUGCGGGGGCGGAACUUUGGGUACGACAUCUUGGAGGUGGACCUGGAAUCGCGGUGGCGCAGCGCUCAACCUGACGUGGUGCAGAAGUCGCCGAUCACGGUGAGCUUCGACUUCGCGCAGGCGUUCCCAUCGCUGAACCAGCUCUUCUUGGUUAUGGUAUUGCGCAGGUUCGGCUUCCCCGAAACCGUGAUCGAGUUCGCUAUUGAGCUGUAUGCGGCGGUGCUUGCGGUGACGGCCAUUGCUGGCGUCGUGAUCCCUCUCUUUUGGCAGCGCUCUGGGAUCAUCCGGGGCGACGGCCUUUCGGGGUCGCUCUUCGCCGUCGCCAUGUCGCCCGUUCUCUUCGACGCCGAGGCUGACGUGGAGAAGAAGCGACAUGGGAUUGUGCGAGCCUGCGCGGACGACGUGGCGGCUGUGCUGGUCGCCUUCGCGCGCAUCUUGCGCAUGCUCCGCAUAAUGAGAUGCGUGGACAGGCUUGCGAAUCUGGUCUUGAAGUCGAGCAAGUGCCACGUGGUUCCCACGGAGGCGGCCUUUAGCGAGCCCCUGCAGUCCAAGAUCCAGGCGAUGCUGGCCCAGCACGUGCCGCAGUGGGCGGACUUCAAGGUCGCGUGCAGGCAACGCGCUCGCGCUGUUGGGGACGGUGUCACCUCCGUCACGAUGUCGGCCCGGUACUGCGCAACGAGGUACUUGCCGCUCCCGUGGAACCUCCGGCGCGAGGAGCCCACGGCCUUGGCCGAGGUCUUCAAGAUGCCGAUCGGUGCCCUCGCGGUGAAGGACUGGGUUCAGUCGGUGCAGGUCGCAACGGUGUCGGCCCUCAUCCAGGCCGCCGGCGUUGCGCUCUCGAAGUUCCGAGCGCUUCUCUCUCGACAUUGGCGCCGAGUGGAAGGCGCCAUUGACUUCGUGCCGUUGCCGAUGGCCUCCUCGCGGGCGCUGGCCCCCAUCUGGUGGAAGCUGCCCUCGCAUGCGGAGUUCGUGGCCGACGCGCUGGGGAUCGCUGCGUUGCCCGAGGGAGCCAGCCACCCGCAGGCUCUUCUGACGGUUGGGCGCCAGGCAUUGUUCGAGGAGUUGGAGGAGGCUGGGCUGCGGGGGAGGAGGCCCGCGGUGCAGCAGCGCGCGCGCGCGGCGGUGGAGUCGGCCUGGCUUGAAGGGCACGACCCGUCGCAGACAUUCGAGCGGCGGCUCUUGAAGUGGUGGCCAGAGUUGGCCGAGAAGAUACACGCCAUCCUGUGGGGCCAGCUCGGGGACUUGGUCUCGACGGCGUCGCCGGCCUGGGCCUUCCAGGUCAUCCGCUCGUUCUCCAGCGGCUGGCUCACGCCCCGCAGGAUCCUCGACGCCCGGGGGCGCCGUUCCUGCAUCCUCGGCUGCGACGCGCCCGAUUGCUUCAGCCACUGCGUGAACUGCGACCGCCUCUCUUGGGCUGUCUCGCUGGCCCUGGGCAGGGUGCUGCCUGGCGGCCGCUUCAUCGAAGGAGGGCCUCUCUCAUGGCUCGGCCUGGGAACGGCGGCCGAGCAGCCGCUGGGCGCCGAGCGGUUCGAGCACGCGGUCAUUGCGUCCUACUUCUACCACUCGUCGCGGCCGGAGCUUUUCGUGCCGCCCGACGAUGCGCUGGCGCAUGCGCGGGCUGCGCUCCGCGCCGCCCGGCAGGCUGCUCGCGGGAGCGCGAGGGCCGCGGUGGCUAGCGGCCGCUAG